GAGUAAUUUCUCUCUCUAACUAGUCUCUUUUUUUAGAGUCAUGGGCGCUAAUGUUUCUUCUUCCAUUGACUCAACACAAAAUAAAUUAUCAAAAUCAAAAAAACUCGAAGAUAUACCUGAGGCCUGCGUUGCUCUAGUAUUAUCUUAUUUAAAUCCGUCGGAGAUUUGCAUGAUGGCCCGAAUUAAUCGGGCCUUUCAUGCAGCUUCUUCGGCGGAUUUUAUCUGGGAAUCCAAAUUGCCUUCUAAUUAUAAGUAUAUUCUUCACGAAUUACUUGGCCUGAGUGUCACCGGGAUAAGCAAAAAGGAUAUUUUUGCUAAGCUUUUCAGGUCUAAUUCUUUUGAUGAUGGAACAAAGGAAAUAUGGAUUGAUAAGAAUAAUGGAGGAGUUUGCUUGGCAAUUUGUUCGAAGGGAAUGAGGAUUACUGGUAUUGAUGAUCGGAGAUAUUGGAAUUAUAUUUCCACGGAUGAAUCAAGGUUUCAAACUGUUGCAUAUCUUCAACAAAUGUGGUGGCUUGAAGUUGGUGGAGACCUUGAGUUCCAAUUCCCAGUAGGGACAUAUAGUCUAUUCUUUAGACUUCAGCUAGGCAGGGUCACGAAGAGGCUAGGGCGUCGAGUCGUCUAUAACUCAGAACACGUUCAUGGUUGGGACAUAAAACCAGUUCAAUUUCAAUUAACAACAUCAAAUGGUGAACGUGCCAUAUCUCGUUGUUAUUUGGACAACGUAGGUACAUGGACACAUCAUCAUGUGGGAGAUUUUGUAGUUGAGGAUCCCAUGAUCAUGACAAAAAUAAGAUUUUCAUUGACACAAAUAGAUUGUACACAUACUAAAGGUGGUCUAUGUGUAGAUUCUGUUUUAGUUUGUCCAAUUAGUUUAGCAAAAGUGUUGAGGUCUUUUGAUAGUUUGAUAGUUACCAAAUGAUCAUAUCAUGUUUUGGCAUAUAGUAGAGAAAUCAUGAGUGUAUAUGUAUAGUUUGGUUUUAGUAUAUGUUGUUUGUUUCUUGUAUAUAUUGAUUUUAUGUUUUUCUUUAUUAUUGCAAUUUUUGGAUCUUAGAGGAAUGUAUGUACAUUAUUAUUGAGUUUUUUCACAAAGUGAAUUGAAUUUUGAUUUUCUUUUG